CUGACACUGGUUUUUAAAUAUUAUCUGCUACACUGACUGAUAUGAGAGUUUGUUUCGGCUCCGUGGUCCUGGGCGCUGGAUUAAGCGCAAUUCUCAGCUUCAGCUUUCUGGCGCUCGCCGUCGGAACCGAGUAUUGGUACAUUAUAGAGGAUAAACGGACGAAUCACACAGAACUGCAGCAUGUGCAUUCUGGACUUUGGGGAGUGGAAAAUGAUGAACAGCCCUUUACAGGAGACCUGCCAAGUAUUUCAGAAUCAGAAAGACACAUGCAGAAUAUUCAUAAUGUGAUUGCUGUCCUGCUGCCUCUUAGUCUGGUGCUCUUAGUGUUUGGAGGAAUAUGUGGUAUGGUCAGCUCUUUGGCCCGGAGUAGACUUCUCCUCAUGGGAACCGCAUCCUAUUUUCUUCUUUGCAGCCUUCUCACUCUCUCUGGUGUAAGUCUGUAUAUCAGUUAUUCCCAAAAAGCUCUGGAGGAGGCAAAGAUAAGGAUUGGGUUGGAGCAGAUGGCCAUGGUUCACACGUCCUUCGGCUGGUCAAUGGGCUUGGCCUGGCUCUCCUUCACCCUGGAAAUGAUAACAGGUCUUCUUCUACUGCUUGCUGCCUGGAUGGUCCAAUUAGCCCAAUACCAGGAGACUGUGGCCCCUAUAUAA